AAUUAAUCUUAAAUUAUUACUGGCAUCAGCAGAAAUUUUUGGUUUGUAUAUGAACAAUGAGCUGAUAGGGCCUCACAUGGAUUUUUCAAUCUUGCAGCAGUCUUUUAUUAGUGGUUAUGGUAUCUCCCAAUCAUGGAGAUUUAAGAUAGAAUUCAAUAAAAAUCUUACUCUUGCAUGCAUAUAAAUAUACCCCACCCUGCAACCUUCUUUUCUCACACAAUCAAAAAGUCCUUAUUUGCAACUUUCUUUUCUUUCAUUGUUUAGCUCAAUUUAUGGCAACUGAACAGAACAAAGAUGUUGAACAAGGCGAAAUUAAUAGCCUUGAAGACCUGGAAAGGUCAUUGAUCCAAGAAGAGAAGAUUGUUGCUUAUAAAACUCAUGAUGGGACUACUGAUCAUGAGACUGGAUCCAUUGCAAUGGUUCUGCUUAGCACAUUUGUUGUUGUCUGUGGUUCUUUUGCAUUUGGUUCUUGUGUGGGCUACUCAGCACCCACUCAAUCUGCAAUCAUGGAGGAUCUUAAUCUCACAACAGCCCAGUACUCCUUGUUUGGUUCUAUAUUAACAAUUGGUGGAAUGGUUGGUGCUGUUACAAGUGGCCGGAUUGCAGACUACAUUGGUAGAAAAGGGGCAAUGAGAAUUUCAGCUGGAUUCUGCAUUACAGGAUGGCUUGCUGUGUUUUUCUCUGGAGGAUAUUUGUCGCUUGACAUGGGAAGAUUUUUCACAGGUUAUGGCAUUGGAGUUUUCUCGUUUGUGGUCCCUAUAUUUAUAGCAGAAAUAUCCCCUAAGAAUCUUCGCGGAGGGCUUACCACAUUGAAUCAGCUCUUGAUCGUUACUGGUUCAUCCAUUGCUUUCUUGCUAGGAAGUGUAAUAACAUGGAGAGCACUGGCUCUGACUGGCCUUAUUCCCUGCAUUUUCCUGCUUGUUGGUCUGUUCUUCGUUCCGGAAUCCCCUAGAUGGCUGGCAAAAGUUGGCAAAGAAAAAGAAUUCCAAGAGACACUGCAGAAACUUCGUGGCAAAGAUACUGAUGUUACACGCGAAGCAGCUGAAAUCCAAGCUUAUAUUCAAACUCUUCAGUCUCUUCCUAAAGCUAGAACUUUCGAUUUAUUUCAAAGACAAUACACUCGUUGUGUACUUAUUGGAAUUGCAAUCAUGGUAUUCCAGCAAUUUGUAGGAAUUAAUGGAAUUGGAUUUUAUGCUAGUCAAAUCUUUGUAUCAGCUGGAUUUUCUUCUGGUACGAUUGGAACCAUAGCUUAUGCUUGUGUUCAGAUUCCAAUAACAAUAGUGGGAGCACUGUUAAUGGACAAAUCAGGAAGAAAAGUACUGAUAAUGGUUUCUGCAGCUGGGACAUUCCUAGGCUGCUUCCUCGCUGGAGUUUCUUUCUUUCUCAAGGCACAUGGUUUGUUGCUCAGAUGGGUACCGACAAUGGUUCUUGCAGGAGUGCUGAUAUUUAUAUCAUCAUUCUCAAUUGGAAUGGGAGCAGUUCCAUGGUUGAUCAUGUCUGAGAUCUUUCCAAUAAAUAUAAAGGGAGUUGGUGGGAGCUUGGUGGUGCUGGUGAACUGGUUAGGUGCCUGGCUAGUUUCUUACACUUUCAACUUUCUCAUGAGCUGGAGUUCUUCAGGUACAUUUUUUCUGUACUCUGGAGUCUCAUUGACAGCUAUUCUAUUCGUGGCCAAGUUUGUGCCAGAAACCAAAGGAAAAACACUAGAAGAAAUUCAAGAAUCUAUCAAUUCAUAGAAAUGGAGAAAGAUCCAGUCUAUUGGUAAUUAGAUUGGAAAUUCUUUUGAAGGCCUUAAAAAUUUUGAUGAUGCAUAGCAGCAAAAGGUCCAGUCUCAAACCCAGCAAGAAGUUGCAGUUGCAGUUGCACACUCUGCAUAUUGCAACAAGACCAUCAAAAUUUUCCUUUUUCAUGUUAGAAAGAGGCCAUAGGGCCAGGGUCUGAAAUUUUAACCUGUAACUACCGUAUAUAGUUGCCUGUGCUUGUGCUUUGCAUUUGAGAAAUAAUGGAAGUAGCCUGACUUCACAACA